AAGCAAGAAAUCAGUGUUACCCACUAUUUCUCCAUUGAAUUCGAGCUCUCAGCCUCAGGUUUCUUCUUCAGUGAAGCGCAUUUCUGGGAUUCCAAGGUAUCUCCAUGCCUUUAUAACAACACCCCCUUUUUGUGGUUGUUAAUUUUGGUCAAAAUGGAGUGUAGUUUCAUUCUUAGCUCAAAAUCUGUAAGGGUUAAUAAUUUUCUCAUUGUUUUUUAUGAUACAAUGAAUGCUGGGGCUGUUGCUCAAUGAGAAGCCAGAUAGACAUGAAUUAGCAUUAAGAAACUUUGAUCCCUUGGAUUGAGCCAAAUUUUAUCAGUUUCUGAAUAUGGUUCAUUACUCCAAAAAUUAAUUGAAAGCAAGAUUCUUGUUAAGGUUUAUAUUUUGUUCUACUUCUGCACGUCUCCUUAUUAGUAUCUAUGAUGUAGUAAAUUGCUUUCGGUCGGCUAAGCCCAGUUACUGAUAAGGCCUCACACUGAAGUAAUUCCAAGAAUGUGUAGGAGAAAAAGCGAAGGAUGGAAGAAUGACUCACUUGUCUCGCUGACUUACUUGGUUUAAGCAAUCUGCCACCCCCUUCCCAAUCUGACGAGCCCAUUUUUCUAUUAGAACAAACUGUUUUUAACCCAUGUAAUUUGAGGAAUAGAAAUCCAUGGUUUUUGGUCAAACAAGAUUGCUUGCAUAUGCAUUGCAUAAGUAAUGGGAGAAUUGUUGUGCUUAUGCAUGCUUUCAUACAUAAAAAUAUUCAUGCUAAAGACUUCCAAAGCUCACCAAUGCAGUUUCCGGUUUGAGUUGCAUAUUUUAUUAACACCUGUUCCUGGAAAAUUUUUGGCAAAAAAAAUCACAAUCUGAAAAUAGGAAAAUAAAUUGUAGUUGCUCGUAUUGAAUUCACGUAAGUGUUUAAGAUGGUUUCUGAUCGUAAAUUCUAAAGAGAACAUCAAUCAUUGCAGCAAACUUCGUAAGGCAGUACAUAACAUAUCAUAAUCGAGCUCAGCUCUCUUUGAACAGAGAACAAAAGUAUGACGCAACAAACGUGGAAUCAACCUAUCAAUGGUCUCUAUAUGGUAUAUUUCGAUGGAGCCUUGGAUCGAAAGGUGAACAAGGGUGGAAUAGGCCUGAUUAUUCGAAAUUCAGAAGGUGAUAUCAUGGGGGCUAGUGUUGCUAGUAUGGAAAGGGUGAUUGGCCCGUUUGUAUUAGUGGAGGCAAAUGCUGCAGUUAGGGCUCUAGAUUUUGCAUUUGAAAUGGGAUUUCAGCUUAUCAUAAUAGAGGGAGAUGCCUUGGGAGUUCUAAAGAAAUUAAAGUCAUGGGAACCAGAGCAUUCACCCAUAAGACCAAUCAUGGAACAGGCAAGAACAUAAGCUAAACGUUUCUCUAACCGUUCAGUUUGCAAAUAAGCCGGAAUGGGAAUGCAGCAGCACACAAGCUAGCAAAGUAUGGGGAACCGUAAUGGGUAGAG